CGAACUGCAUCGGGGCCGACGCCCACCAGUCGCAUAAAACAUGGAUACUCAACUGCGCGCUCAACAGCGCGCUAGCUCGCGCCUUGAUAGCAGCCAGCGUUCGGUGCUUCCCGCCGUGCCUACCGCACCCCGCGUCCACUCAACUCGCCGCAGCGCCAAGGCACAGCUAAAGAAUGUCAAGCUCAGCUCAUCUGUCCAGCCUUCUCCUUGCCGGAUGGCUUUGCCCCUCGCGGCAAUUUCCACUGGGGCUUCGGUCGAGCCCCUCUUGACGCCUGAGGUGCUGGAGCCUGUACCCGCGAAUAUCAGCUAUGAGCCGAAGGUGGCAGAAAUGGAGGAAAUUCUCAAGGAGCGCGACGCCUGCGGAGUCGGCUUUAUUGCCAGCCUGAAGAACAUUCAGAGCCAUACAGUUAUCAAGCAGGCUCUGACGGCGCUCGGGUGUAUGGAGCACCGUGGCGCUUGCUCAGCCGACGAUGAUUCGGGCGAUGGCGCCGGCAUUAUGACACAAAUUCCAUGGAAGUUGCUGAAGAAGGAGAUGCCGCAGUUGAACGAGCUCACCACCGGCGUCGGCAUGGUCUUCCUUCCCAACAACGACCAGCUGGAGGCAACGUGCAAGCAAAUCCUGGAGAAUGUUUGCGCCAAGGAGGGCGUAAAGGUGCUGGGCUGGCGCAAGGUGCCGGUUGACCACAGCAUUGUGGGUCGAUUUGCCAAGGUCACAGAGCCGCGCAUCUGGCAGGUUAUGAUUGAGGGCAAGCAGGGCCAGAUUGGCGAUGAGCUUGAGCGCGAGCUUUUCCUGGUUCGCAAGCUGGUGGAGAAGGCUAAGAAUGCGGAAUUGCCAGCCGAUGUCGCGCCGGACUUUUACAUCUGCACGCUCUCUAACCGCACCAUCACCUACAAGGGCAUGCUGCGGUCUGCGGUCGUGGGCACCUUUUAUCGCGACCUGGAGAACCCCGACUUUGAGGCAUCCUUCGCCAUCUACCAUCGCCGCUUCUCCACCAACACCACGCCCAAGUGGCCCCUGGCGCAGCCCAUGCGCGUGCUGGGCCACAACGGCGAGAUCAACACGCUGCAGGGCAACCUCAACUGGGUGGCCUCCCGCGAACACGACCUGACCAACCCCAUCUGGUCCGGUCGCGAGUCGGCGCUGCUGCCGCUCUGCUCCGCCUCCCAGUCCGACAGCGCCAACCUGGACAACGUGGCGGAGCUGCUGGUGCGGACCGGGGUGGAGCCGCAGGAGGCGCUGAUGCUGCUGGUUCCGGAGGCGUACCGCAACCACCCCGACCUGGUCAAGGAGUACCCCGAGGUCGUUGACUUCUACGAGUUCUACGAGGGUAUGCAGGAGGGUUGGGACGGCCCCGCGCUGCUGGUCUUCAGCGACGGCAAGCGGGUGGGUGCGCGGUUGGAUCGCAACGGCCUGCGCCCCGCGCGCUUCUGGCGCACCCGCGACGACAUGAUCUACGUGGCGAGUGAGGUGGGCGUGCUGGGCGAUGUGAUGAGCAACGCGGAGAAUGUGGUGGCGAAGGGGCGGCUGGGACCAGGCCAGAUGGUGUGCGCCGACCUGCAGUCCGGCUCCUUCCUUGAGACCGCCGCCAUCAGUCGCCAGGUGGCCGCCCGCCGGCCCUACCAGCAGUGGCUGGCAGCCAGCCUGAGGAGGCUGGGCGAGCUGGGCGACUCCUCCUUCCUGAACGAGCCAAUGUACGACUCGGCAACACUGCUGAGGCUGCAGUCGGCUGUGGGCAUGGGCGCCGAGGACGCCCAGAUGGUGGUCGAGUCGCAGGCGCAGACGGGCGUGGAGCCCACCUACUGCAUGGGGGACGACAUCCCGCUUGCCGUACUGUCCGACAAGCCGCACAUGCUGUACAACUACUUCAAGCAGCGGUUCGCGCAGGUGACCAACCCACCCAUCGACCCGCUGCGUGAGGGUCUGGUGAUGAGUCUGGAGAUGCGGCUGGGCGCGCGCGGCAACCUGCUGACCCCCGGGUCGGACUCCUACAAGCAGGUCCUCCUGGACAGCCCCAUCCUGCUGGAAUCCGAGCUGCAGGCCGUAGCCUCCGACAGCGUCCUGGGCUCCAAGACCUUCAAGCUCUUCUUCCAAGUGGGCGCCCCUGGCGCCCUGGAGGCCGCCCUCAAGCAGCUGUGUGCUGACGUGGAGGCGGCGGUACGGGAAGGAUGCCAGUGUGUCGUACUGUCGGACCGGCCCGAGGCGAGCGGCGCCUUGGACCCCGCACGUGCCCCCAUUCCCGCGCUGUUGGCGGUUGGUGCCGUACACCACCACCUGAUCCGUACAUGUCUUCGUUCGGAUACCAGUAUCGUGGCGGACACGGCGACGUGCUUCUCCACGCACCACGCGGCGAUGCUGAUUGGUUUCGGCGCGCAUGCGAUCUGCCCCUACCUGGGCUACGAGACCAGCCGGCAGUGGCGCCUGUCCAGCCGCACGCAGAGCCUGAUCAAGGCCGGGAAGGUCCCCGACAUCAGCGUGAAGGACAGCCAGAAGAACUUCAAGAAGUCGCUGGAGAAGGGCGUGCUCAAGAUCCUGUCCAAGAUGGGCAUCAGCCUGCUGUCAUGCUACCACGGAGCGCAGAUCUUCGAGGCGUACGGACUGGGGCGCGACGUGGUGGAGCUGUGCUUCAGGGGCACCGUGUCCCGCAUCGGCGGCAUGAGCCUGGCUGACCUGCAGCGCGAGGCGGAGAGCCUGUGGGCCAAGGGAUUCCCCGAGCGGGCGAUGAGCAAGCUGGAGGACUACGGAUUCAUCCAGUCCAAGCCCAAGGGUGAGUACCACAGCAACAACCAGACCAUGGCCAAGCUGCUGCACAAGGCCAUCGGGCUGGGCGACGCCUCCCGCCCCGACCCCGCCGCAUACGCCGCCUACCAGCAGCACUUCGCGACCGCCCCCGUGGCGGUGCUGCGAGACUGCCUGGACUUUGCGAGCGACCGGCAGCCCAUCCCGGUGGAGGAGGUUGAGUCCGCCGCCUCCAUCAUGGAGCGCUUCUGCACCGGCGGCAUGUCCCUCGGCGCCAUCUCCCGCGAGACCCACGAGACCAUCGCCAUCGCCAUGAACCGCAUCGGCGGCAAGUCCAACAGCGGCGAGGGCGGCGAGGACCCCUCCCGCUGGCUGCAGGUUACCGACGUGGAGCCCGCCUCCGGCAGCUCCCCCUCCCUGCCGCACCUUCGCGGCCUGCGCAACGGCGACACCGCCACCAGCCGCAUCAAGCAGGUCGCGUCCGGACGCUUCGGCGUCACGCCCGAGUACAUCAUGAACGCGGACCAGCUGGAGAUCAAGAUCGCGCAGGGUGCCAAGCCGGGCGAGGGCGGGCAGCUGCCGGGUCAGAAGGUGUCGCCCUACAUUGCGCAGCUGCGUCGCUCCAAGCCGGGGGUGCCGCUGAUCAGCCCGCCGCCGCACCACGACAUCUACUCCAUUGAGGACCUGGCGCAGCUCAUCUACGACCUGCACCAGGUGAACCCCCGGGCCAAGGUGAGCGUCAAGCUGGUGGCCGAGGCGGGAAUCGGUGUGGUUGCCUCGGGCGUCGCCAAGGCCAACGCCGACAUCAUCCAGGUGUCGGGCCACGACGGCGGCACCGGCGCCUCGCCCAUCUCCUCCAUCAAGCACGCCGGCGGGCCCAUGGAGAUGGGCCUCGCGGAGACCCACCAGACCCUGGUCCGCAACGAGCUGCGGGAGCGGGUGGUGCUGCGGGUGGAUGGCGGCGUGAGGAACGGGCGCGAUGUGCUGCUGGGGGCGCUGCUGGGCGCGGACGAGUUCGGGUUCGGCACGGUUGCCAUGAUUGCAACCGGCUGCAUCAUGGCCCGCGUCUGCCACACCAACAACUGCCCCGUGGGAGUUGCGUCGCAGCGGGAGGAGCUGCGCGCUCGCUUCCCGGGUGCACCCGAGGACCUGGUGAACUACUUCCACUUCGUUGCGGAGGAGGUUCGUGCCGGCCUGGCGGCGAUGGGGUACCGCAGCUUGGACGAGGUGAUCGGCCGCGCGGACCUGCUGACCCAGCGGCAGGUGAAGCUGGGUAAGACGGAUGGGCUGGACCUGUCGUUCCUCACGACCUACGCGGGACCCGCGGGUCGCUCAAGCACCCGACGCAGCCAGGAGGUGCACGACAACGGGCCGCAGCUGGACGACCGUAUCCUGGCGGAUGAGGAGGUCAUGCGCGCGAUCCAGCGCGAGGAGGUGGUGGAGAAGGCGUUUGAGAUCAUCAACACGGAUCGCUCCGCGCUGGGCCGUGUGGCGGGUGUGAUUGCGAAGCACCACGGAGACAACGGCUUCGCGGGCGCGGUACGAAUCACGCUGACGGGAUCCGGCGGACAGUCCUUUGGCUGCUUCUGCGUCAAGGGCUUGGAGGUGAAGCUCAUCGGAGAGGCGAACGACUACGUGGGCAAGGGCAUGAACGGCGGCGAGAUUGUCAUCCUGCCGCCCGCCAACAGCCCCUUCAAGCCUGAGGAAGCCUCCCUGGUCGGCAACACCUGUCUGUACGGCGCAACCGGCGGUCGGUUGUUCGUUAACGGUCGUGCCGGCGAGCGGUUUGCCGUACGCAACUCCCUCUCGGAGGCGGUUGUGGAGGGCGCAGGCGACCACUGCUGCGAGUACAUGACGGGAGGCUGUGUGGUGGUGCUCGGGUCGGUGGGUCGCAACGUGGCGGCCGGCAUGACGGGCGGCCUGGGGUACUUCCUGGACGAGGACGGCAGCUUCUGCGACAAGGUCAACACCGAGAUUGUCGCCGUACAGCGGGUGGUGACGCAGGCGGGCGAGGCGCAGCUGCGGGGGCUGGUGCAGGCGCAUGUGGAGCGAACGGGGAGUGCCAAGGCACGUGCGGUGCUGGCGAACUGGGAGGCAAUGGUGGGUAAGUUCUGGCAGCUGGUGCCGCCUGCGGAGAAGAACACGCCCGAGGUGAACCCCAGCGUGGCGGCGGAGGUGGCGAGGGCGGGCGCGGGGGCGAAGGUGGCGGUGAGGGCGUAAGGCGGGGGUGCGUGGAGGUGGAGGAGGGGAAGUGUGGUGGAGCGGAGGGAGGCAUGUGAGAGAGAAUAGGAAGAUUGAGGAGGGAGAUGAGAAGAUGUAAGGGAAGUAGAGAGGGAAAGAAGAGAGGGAGGUUUAGGCGGAUCCCUCCUAGUUUUGUGUGACUUUGAUGAGGCUACGUGGCAGGGCGUGACAGGGUGUUGUGCUAAUGGGUGGGGGUAACUACGUGCCUACUGUGGCCGUUUCAAGAUGCGAGGGAGCAUUCACAGGGGGCCUGCGGCUGAUGCGUGGAAGACACGCAAGGCCGAGAGAGAAAGAUAGACAGCGACAGUGAGAAGGUUGAGUUGCGUUUGGGGAUGAUGGAUGCUGCCACGUGACACAUUCCACACGAGGGGGUUCGAGUUGAGUUGACGAACAAAAGCGCCCGUUGCAUUGAGAGCUGAGAAAGCGCCGUGGCGGGUUGCACCUGCGCCCUGAGGCUCCGUGGGGCCGAGCACUUUCCUGGCUCGGUUACAUGCCUCGGUUAGGGCCUCUGUUCCUGGUUCCGGGAGGUCGAUAGAGUAGGUGUGGCGGCAUGAUUGGCCGCUCCGCUUUGUCGUAUUCCAGCAAUGGUAUGGAGGGCGCAGAGGUAUGACGAUUGUCUUUGAGGAGGUUACAGCCUGAGAUGACGCGACGAGGGGGAGCAUGGGGCGCGGGGGAUUCCCCACUGGCAGCGCUAGUCCACGCGUGCUGCUCCUGUAGGCACGCAGGCACUCGCUGUUGACACGCGUUCUAGGCGCCUUUUGUGUACUAUAUGCGGGGAGAGAGAGUUGCUUCCGCUAGGCGACAGUUUGGGGUUGGCUGGGCGGCACGUCGUGGAUCGUGUUUCGUGCGCGCUGGGCGGAGGAGGAAACGGGUAGGAAGGGAAACCCUGGUGAGAGGUUUUGAGAGGUCCGCCUGCGUGGAGACCGUUGGCAGCGGAGCAACGCACUUUGAGUGUGUGUUGAGCGGCGCGUGUUUUGAGAACUUGUUCGCAACGAGGCGAGCGUUAAGUGAGGGAUGUAGAAGGGUGAGGGCGAGAGAGACAUUGCAGGGCUGGCCCACUUAUAAUUCGUUGCUUGAUUGCCGACGUUGGCGAGCGGUUAGCGAACUGAGGGGGUGUGAGCGCUGCGGAGGACUGCAGCAGCGCCCUCCCUGUGCGACGGCGAGACACAUUUAAUGGAUAAGGUU